AUGCAUCACCAUAAGCAUAAUACGCAUCACCACCACACUUUGGUGUCGCAGCGCAGCAGCGGCUCGGGGUCCGGGUCGGCGAGCGGCGGCGGCUCGUCGUCGUCGCCGUCGCCGCCGUCGUCUUCGCCGUCGCCGUCCGGCGAGCGGCCGCCCACGCCGCCGCCGCCCGCGCCGCAGCCCUGCGCCUACAUCUACCGCAACUAG